GGAUACAGUAUAUUAAAUGUGUUUCCUCAAACACAUUCCCACUCUGGGUACACAGAAAUUAACACUUAACUCACUUGUUUGUACAUCCAAAACGGUUGCAUGUGGUCACACUGAACCACAAAACAAAGUCUGCCCUGGUCAAUCAUUACCUAGUGACAGCAAUGAAACCGACACACCUGGAGCUACCAAGAGCAAAAGGUUAAACCAUAAAAACAUUCAUUUGUAGAAGCCCUGAAGACAUCACCAACACGCCCAGAUAAUAAAAGAGGCCAGUGCUCACAACGCACCUGAUUGGCUUGGUUUGACAAGUUAGGUCAUCUCUACUGUAGGAGGGCCAAGCUACCUUGUGAUAAAAUGAUAUGCGGGUUUAUCGACAUGUUAGAAUCAGCAGAUCAACAGAAAACGUCUGAGUAGGAGAGUGUGGAGAAGACGUUCCUGGAGAAGAGACGAGUCGGCCAGGAGUUCCUUGAAGGACAAACUAAAGAAGAUAGAAAGAAAGACUGGAAGGACAAUAAACCAAAUUGUUCUUGCAGUGAAAAGAACGCAUCACAGCCAACAGAUGGGGUCACUGGGACUUGAGCUGGCUGGUAUCAGUCUGUCAGUGCUGGGGUGGGUGCUGAGUAUUGUCAGCUGUGUCCUACCAAUGUGGAGGGUCACAGCCUUCAUUGGUGCCAACAUCGUCACGGCUCAGGUGUACUGGGAGGGUCUGUGGAUGAGCUGCGUGUUUCAAAGCACGGGCCAGAUGCAGUGUAAAGUCUAUGACUCUAUGCUGGCUCUCCCUCAGGAUCUGCAAGCCGCCAGGGCGCUCACUGUCGUCGCCAUUAUAGUGGGAGUGGUGGCCCUCCUCAUUUCCAUGGUGGGAGCCAAGUGCACCAACUGCAUUGAGGAAGAGGGGGCUAAAGCCAGGGUGAUGAUCGCCUCAGGAGCAGGGUUCAUCGCAGCAGCUCUGGCACAGCUCGUACCUGUUUCCUGGUCGGCAAACACAAUCAUCAUUGAGUUCUACAGUCCAGUCGUUCCCUCUGGGCAGAAGAUGGAGAUCGGGGCUGCGCUGUACCUGGGAUGGGCUGCUGCAGCUCUGCUUUUGGUUGGUGGGUCCAUCCUCUGCUGCAGUUGCCCGCCUAAAGAAGAGAAAGCCAUGCGAUACAGCAUGCCCCCUCAGAGCCGUAUGGCGUACUCCGCAGCUCCAAGGUCAAUGGCUCAAAGCUCCUACAACAGAAAGGACUACCCUUCUGUCAACAACUUUCCCACCAGACGACGAGCCGACAUGUCGAUGGGUUUGGAGAUUGUGGGAAUUGCCUUUGGAUUCCUUGGAUUCAUUGGUGCAAUAGUGUCAUGUGCCCUGCCUAUGUGGAGGGUAUCAGCCUUCGUUGGAGCCAACAUUGUCACUGCUCAGGUCAUCUGGGAAGGCUUGUGGAUGAAUUGUGUCACUCAGAGCACAGGUCAGAUGCAGUGCAAGAUCUAUGACUCGAUGCUGGCUUUAUCUCAGGAUCUGCAGGCCUCCAGAGCCAUGCUGGUCAUCUGUAUUAUACUGGGGAUUUUGGGAGUCUUGAUCUCCAUUGUCGGAGCAAAGUGCACCAACUGCAUUGAAGAUGAGCCAUCCAAGGCUAAAGUGAUGAUCAUCUCCGGGAUCUUCUUCAUCCUAGCUGGCAUUUUGGUCCUUGUCCCUGCCUCCUGGUCCACCAAUGUCAUCAUCCGGGAUUUUUACAACCCAAUCUUGUUAGAGUCUCAGCGAAGGGAGAUUGGGGCAUCGAUCUACAUCGGCUUUGCAGCAGCCAUCCUGUUUCUGAUUGGAGGGGCGAUGCUGUGCAGCAGCUGUCCACCCAAAGAACAGAAAUACAAGCCGCCGCGUCUGGCCUACUCCGCCCCACGCAGCACCAGCGCAGGUGGAGGAUACGACAAAAGAGACUAUGUUUAAACAGCUUCAAAGCGUCUGAGGAAUUGAUGUGGACAAAACAUGUCUUUGUGAGCAGUUUGUUUUUUAUAUACAUUUAUAUAUCAUAAACCUCAGGGUAUACCCCUUUCAAUAGACUCCGAGAUGAAGACGAAUGCUGAUUUUUGUGUUUCGCUUUGUACUGACAUGUUCAUUUAUUUGGAAUUCUCCUUUACACGAAUUUAGCUGUAACUGCAAUUUUUACAUAUUACAACAGAUUUUUUGUUGUUGUCAUUUUAGAUAAAUGUAAUUGCUUCUUUUGUGAUGUCAUCAAAGUCACCUGCUGUUUGCUCGUCUGUGUCGUGUCACAUUUCACUGAAACUUGCUGUUAAAAUUUCCUGUCACCAUCAGGAAGAGCCAGAGCUCAUUUUACAUGGAUUUGCUUGCGUGAUUGUUCAGUGUGUGUGUGUGUGUGUGUGUGUGUGUGUGUGUGUGUGUGUGUGUGUGUGUGUGUGUGUGUGUGUGUGUGUAUGUGUGUGUAUUUUGCAUGUAAUAUUUGUUUAGGAGAGUUUCUGCUGCGACUGAAACUAAAGUUGGAUCACUGAUAUGGUUUCUGAGAACAACUUUUUCCCCUUCCUCCUGGUUUCUCACUUAUUAGAGACUGAAGUAGUGGGUUCAGUUCAGCUCACAACUGAAGUGAGACUAUUUUAUCAACUUUGAAAAUGUUUGGAUUUUUAUUAAAAUGUAUUUUGUCCAAUUUAAAAAAAUGUUGCAUGUUUUUCUUUUAAUUAAUAUUUUUAAACAGAAUUUCAUUGGUCGCACAUCCUGAAAGGAUGAUGGUUACAACCACUUUUGUACAUUUUUAAGUAUUUUGUUCUUAAGGUUUAUAAUAAACAUGCACUAAAUACUGCUUUUAAAUGCAAUGAUGUGAAACAAUGUGUGUUCACAAUUUCAAUAAAUCUUUUUGCUCAAAAGAAAAAUAUUUGACAAUGUUUUAAAGCACAAAAACAAGGACAAGCUCCCAGAAAAUUAAAGUAUCAUUAGUCAUCACACUUUGGUGAAACUCCUCUCCGCAUUUGACCCAUCCCCAUUGUUAGAGCUAUUUGAU